GGUGUAGUGAGCCACAGCUGGAUGCUAAGGUCAAGGUCACCAACUAGCUCAUAGAUUUUCCGUGGAAGGUGGGUAUGGCUGUGAGCUCAGACAGCUGCAGAUCACUUAAGUAUCCUUAUGUUGCAGUGAUGCUCAAAGUGGCAGAUCAUUCAGGCCAAGUAAAGAACAAGUCCUUCGAAAUGACAAUUCCACAGUUUCAGAAUUUUAGACAGUUCAAGGAAAUUGCUGCAAUUAUUGAAACUGUGUGAAAACUGAUUACUUGGUUGAUGAAUUGCUACCAUCAUUCUAAAAUCAUGGACUUUACUUUCUGCAACAAAACUGCCUAAGGAUCAAAUGAUAUUUAUUGAAUGAAAAUUACACUUUUGGUUUUCCAUUUUUUUAAAUAAUAAAAAAGAAAAUCAGACAAACAGGAAUUACAAAGUGGUGAUUGCCACACACUUUGUGAAUGUACUAAGAGCCACUG